GAACAGUUCAGAUAUAUUAGAAUUUUAAUUUCUGCAAUUUAUUUAGAAAAAUAAUAAAAACCAUAGUUAUUAUUUUUCAUAUUAUUUAAUGCUGCAACACGCGAGUUCAAAAUGUUUUCACAUUACAACUUUACAAAAAAUAGUUUUAAAAACUUAUAGAAAUUAUUUAAAUAAUAUAACCUAUAAAAAUGAAACAUUUAAACCUAAUGAAAUCGAUAAAAAUAAAAAUCAUAGAAAAUUUAAUCAUGAUUCUCACACAACACAACAAUUUCCAUUUCAUACAACAAUACCUUCGCAAUCACAAAUUGUUAUAGCAGGUGCAGGAAUUGUGGCUAAUUCAGUUGCUUAUCAUCUUGUUAUUAAUGGAUGGAAUGAUAUACUCAUUUUGGAACAAAAUAGAAUUGGAAGUGGAACUUCUCAUUUUGGCUCUGGUACACUUGGUCUUUUUAAACCAAUAUCACAUAGAAACUUAAUUUCUUAUAGUAUUAAGUUAUAUCAACAAUUACAAGAAAUGGGAUAUGAUAUAGGUUUAAAACAAUGUGGAAGUAUAUAUUUAGCCCAAACCAAAGAUAGAAUGAUAGCUUUAAAAAGAAGAAUGGCUUAUAAUAUGCCCACAGGUUUACAUUGUGAAAUUUUAGAAAAAGAACAAUUAAAAAAAUUAUAUCCAUAUUUACAUAUUGAAGAUAUUGAAGGAGCAAUUUGGGUUCCUGAAGAUGCAGUAGCCAAUUCUAGUGCAGUUUGUGAUGUUUUAGCUAAAUUAGCAAAAAUUGGAGGAGCAAAAUAUAUUGAAAAUUGUCAUAUAGAAGAAAUUUAUACUGAAAAUGAAACCAUAAAAAGUAUCAAAACUCAAUAUGGAGUAAUAUCUUGUGAAUACUUUAUUAAUUGUGCAGGAAUGUGGGCACGAGAAUUAGGAUUAAAAUGCAAUCCACCAGUUAAAAUUCCAGCAUAUCCUGCUGAACAUUUUUAUGCAAUUGCUUCUCCUUUUUCUUCUAAUACAAAUAUAGUUCUACCAUGUAUACGAGAUUAUGAUUCAUACUCAUAUAUAAGAGAAUGGCAAGGAGGUUUAUUAAUUGGUUGGUUUGAACCAGAAUCAAAGCCUGCAUUUGAAAAUGGUAUUGUACCUAUAAAAAAUUGGAAAAAUCAUCUUACAAUUGAUAUUUCACAUUGGAAACCUUUAUGGGAUAAAGUAGUACAUAGAUUACCACUUUUAAAAAAUGUACAACCUAAAGUAUAUAACUGCCCAGAUAAUUUUACACCAGAUGGAAGAUGGAUAUUAGGAGAAAGUCCAGAAGUAAAAAAUUAUUUUGUUGCUGUUGGCAUGAAUGGAAAUUCAUUGCAAGGAGCAGGAGGAAUAGGUAAAGAAGUGGCUGAAUGUUUAAUAAAUGGUGAAUCUACACAAGAAUUACUUCCUUUUAGUGUACAACGAUUUUUAAAUUUACAUAGCAGUAAACAAUACUUACAACAAAGAACAAAGGAAAUUGUUGGAAGAAAUUAUGCAAUUUUAUAUCCUCAUCAAUGUGAAUAUAAAUAUGCUCGAAAAUUGCGUUGUUCGCCAUUAUAUUCUGUUCUUGAAGAAAGAGGUGCAAUUUUUGGUGUCAAAAUGGCUUAUGAACGUCCCCUUUAUUUUAAUUCAACUCAUAAAAAAGGGCAAAAGAAACCAAUUAUGCCACCAGGAAGUUUUUAUAAACCUCAAUUUUUUGACUUUAUGAAAGAAGAAUUUUUAGCAUGUAAAGAAGGGGUGGGAAUAAUAGACAUGAGUUCAUUUUCAAAAAUCGAAAUUAAAUCUAGUCGUAACGAAGUUGUAAAAUAUCUUCAACAAUUAUGUUCUAAUGAUACAAACAUACCAGUUGGUAGUAUAGUACAUACAGGAAUGCAAAAUGAAAGAGGAGGAUAUGAAAAUGAUUGCAUUUUAGUAAGACAAGCUGAAAAUAGUUAUUUUAUGGUUUCACCUACAUCGCAACAAACACGUAUUUAUCAAUGGAUGUCUAGACAUUUACCGGCUGAUCAUUCAGUAGGUCUUAAUGAUGUAACUUCAAAAUAUACUGUUAUUAAUUUAGUAGGACCUAAAGCAGCAGGAUUGCUUUCAGAAUUAUCUAAUUCUGAUAUUCAUCUUUCCCCCUUCACAUAUAAAAAUGUUAAUGUGGCCUAUGCUUCUGAUGUAAUGGUAAUGUCAUUUACACACACUGGUGAAUCAGGUUAUUGUUUAUAUAUACCAUCAGAAUAUGCACUUCAUGUAUAUUCUAAAUUAAUGGAAGUAGGUAAAGAUUAUGGAGCACGAGAUGUAGGUGUACUUACACAACGUUUUAUGAGGAUAGAAAAAUUUAUUCCAUUUUGGGCUGAAGAAUUGACACCUUUUGUUACACCAUAUGAAGCUGGAAAUGGAUACAGUGUAAAAUUAGAUAAAGAGUAUUUUAUUGGCAAAUUUGCUUUACAACAUCAAAAAGAACAAGGUGUAUCAAAACGAUUAGUACUAUUUAUUGUUAAUGAAUUAGAUAUUAAUAAAAAUAUAUGGCCAUGGGGUGGUGAACCAGUUUAUCGAAAUAAUGAAUUUGUAGGAACUGUUACAUCAGCUGGAUAUGGUUUUGCUACUGAAAAACAUAUCUGCCUUGGUUUUAUCAGUGUUCCUAAAUCAAGAUAUGUACAAACUAAUGCAAAUAUUGUUACAACAGACUUUAUAAUGGAAUCCAAAACUCGUUACGAAAUUGAUAUUGCUGGAACUAGAUUUCCUGUUAAACCACACAUUCAUCCAUUACCUAUACCGACACUAAAUAAUAAAUUAAACAAAAAAUAUAUUCCUACACCUAUUGUAGCAUAUGAGAGCGAAAUUCUUUAAUAAUAAUUUUUUGUUUAUUUAAUUGAAACUUUAAUCAUUGAAUUAUUAA